AUGUUCACUGACUGCAGAGAAGCAUCAGCAAUCAGCUGGUUGUGCGCCAAGUUGAGGUCUCCACAGCAGAAGGCGAAGGCGGCACAGGAGGCGCAGGAGAAGGCGGCACAGGAGAAGGCGGCACAGGAGAAGGCGGCACAGGAGAAGGCGGCACAGGAGAAGGCGGCUCAGGAGGAGGCGGCACAAGAGAAGGCGGCUCAGGAGCCGGCGGCACAGGAGAAGGCGGCGCAGGAGAAGACGGCACAGGAGAAGGUGGCACAGGAGGCGGCGGCACAGGAGAAGGCGGCGCAGGAGAAGGCGGCACAGGAGAAGGCGGCACAGGAGAAGGCGGCACAGGAGAAGGCGGCACAGGAGAAGGCGGCUCAGAAGGAGGCGGCACAGGAAAAGGUGGCUCAGGAGGCGGCGGCACAGGAGGCGGCGGCACAGGAGAAGGCGGCGCAGGAGAAGGCGGCACAGGAGAAGGCGGCAUAG